AUGGUUUCAGUCAACACGUUCGCAAAGAUUGCCGUCUGCCAAAUCAUUCAAGAUUACUUCCUACACGUUAUGUUGUUGGAAGGCUUACAACUAAACGUUUUGCAAUCAAAUGCAUGCAAGAACAGCGGGCUGAAGGUGAGCAAGAUGACUAAACUACGGAACGUGAUCAGUGAUAGAUCAUCACAAACUGAUCACGUCGAACACCCGUCCGUGUUGAAACGGUUGCACGGAACAUUCAUGGUGAUCGCCUGGCUAUUUUUUAAUUCUCUUGGCGUAUCGGUUGCCAGAUACUUUAAACAAACUUGGAUCAAUCGACAACACUUCGGAGUUUUAAGAUGGAAUUUCUACCACCGAGUGUAUAUGUCAUGCUGCUGGAUACUAACCAGUGCCGCCAUCAUUUUCAUCUUCAUCGAUCUGAAAGGGUACAAAGCAAGCGCACACGCCAUCGUAGGUUUGACGACGUUCGCCCUAUGCUUCCUUCAGCCUAUCCUGGGAAUUCUGAGUCCGCCUCAGCAGCAGGCACGGAAUGCGCUUCAAUUCUUGCACCGGAUUAUCGGACACGUCGCCUACAUUCUUGCCGUAACGAGCAUGUUUUUAGCUGUUGGUCUGCAAGCGGCCAGGGUAUCUAAAACUAUGUAUGGACUGCUGGCGGGGUCUAUAUUCAUCCACGUUCUUGCCCAUAUUAUGUUCAUCUUUCUCGAACAUCUGACAAGGCAAAAGGAAGUGUUGGCAUUAAACGCAAAUGAGGAUGCAUCGUUUUCCCGCUGGAGAAAGACUACCCUGAUGUUGCAGAUGAUUGGGCUGUACGCCUUCACUUUUGCGAAUGUGGUUUACGUGUGGGGUGGAUGA